AUGGCAGUCGCUGCUGCUGCUGUUAAGAAGAAAUCCAGGCUGCUAAUUUCCAAGAAAUCAAAACCCCAACAAGAAGAAUUCAUCAAUCCUCCCGAAAUCAAAACCCCAACAACAAGUAGUAGUAGUGUUUUCCUGCUCCGUCGUCUCCCUUCCGCCGCAAUUCUCAUCCUCAUUCUCAUCUUCCUAUGGUCUUCAUCUACCACCAUUAUUUCAGGCAACUUACUUCACCUCUGCAUUUCCUCCCGAAAGCUCCACAACGUCUACUGCAUCUCAGCCGGCACUAAACCCAAUCUCGACCUUCCCCUUCACCCUGAUCUCAAUGAAAGAGAUGAGAAUAAUAAUGUGCUGAUGAUGAUAGAGAAGCCCAGCAAGAAUUCUACUACUACUACUUUUGGAGCUGGGAAUGGGGAGUUGGAGGGUGCUUAUAGGAAUGUUGAGGAGCUGAUAACAGAGCAGCGCUCCUGGUCCUCGUCUGUUCAGAUGAGUGAAUCAACCUCAACUUGCCGUGGGGGAGUUUAUGUGUAUGAAUUGCCUGCAAAGUUCAACAAAGAUUUGGCAGCCCAGUGUGGAGACAUGAUGCCCUGGGAAAAUCUCUGCAAAUAUUUCAACAACGGAUCCGGAGCCAUGGGAGAACCCAUAGAGAAGCUAGGCAAAGGAUGGUACCAGACUCAUCAGUAUUCACUGGAGCUCAUUUUUCAUUCUCUAAUCCUCAACCAUCCUUGCAGAGUUUACAAUCCCAACGAAGCAAAACUGUUUUACGUGCCCUUCUAUGGCGGCCUCGACAUCCUGCGCUGGCAUUUCAAGAAUAAUGUCUCCCACGCUCUCAAAGACUCUCUGGGGUUGGAGCUGGUGAGAUGGCUGGAAUCUCAGCCCGCCUGGUUCAAGAAAUCAGGGAAAGAUCACGUCUUUGUUCUGGGAAAAAUUUCCUGGGAUUUCAGACGACAAGAUGGAUAUAAUUGGGGAAGCAGAUUUUUGGAGCUUGAUGAAAUGCAGAAUCCAAUCAAGCUCUUGAUCGAACGGCAACCCUGGCAUGUAAACGACAUCGGAAUCCCACACCCCACCUACUUUCAUCCACAAUCCGACCACGAUAUCAUUUCAUGGCAGCAAAAAACCAUCUCCUCAAACCGGAGAAACCUAGUGAGCUUCGCCGGCGCCGCCAGGCCAGAUUCCAAGAAAAACAUAAGAUCAAUCCUAAUCAAACAAUGCACUGGAAACCACGAAAAGUGCAGAUUCUUGGAUUGCGGCUCCGGCGGAUGUGAUCAACCGGAAUCCAUCAUUAACCUCUUCAUGGAAUCUGAAUUCUGCCUGCAACCUCCUGGGGACAGCCCCACCAGAAAAUCAGUCUUCGACUCUCUCGUCGCAGGUUGUAUCCCUGUCCUCUUUAAUCCCUUUACAGCAUACUAUCAGUAUCCAUGGCAUCUGCCCCAGGACCACCAAAAAUACUCAGUUCUCAUCGAUCAAGGAGAUGUUAGAGACAUGAAGGUGAAUGUGGUGGAAAGAUUAGCAGAAAUUGGUGUCAAGGAAAGGGAAAACAUGAGGAGAUAUAUAGUUUAUGAAUUAUUGCCUGGAUUGGUGUAUAGAGAUCCUAAUUCUGCUAAGCUCCACAAAUUUAAGGAUGCAUUUUCCAUAACAAUGAACAACCUAUUUGAGAGAGUGAAUAGAUUAGAUGUAUAG